AUGCCAUCAAACAACUCGACUCUUAAUCAUCGGAGCAGGCCUUCCAACACUCUAUUCGCCUUUGGCAUCCUCGCGCAGGUCGCGUUGCUUGCCGUUAUCUUCUGGACUUAUACGAGCUAUGGCAACUCCCGUGAGCCGACCACGUUAGCGGAAGCAGCAGUGAAGACAGCAACAAGACCAAACGGCUUCACUUUGCGCCACCUUAUAGAUCAUGGCGCUGGCCAGUCUGGACCACGAGCACGCAGAUUCGAUGUGACACCAGAGCGAUUUGCCGUAGCUGGUCUUGAUACUCACAUCGGACCCUUCGCUAUCAAGACAGCACCGGUGAAGAUAGAACGACCUGCAUUGCGUGGCUACGAUGCACAGAUCCCCAUGUCGUCCAUGUGGGUCGCCGAAGAUGUACCGGGUCCGGAUGUUACGGACAAGAACACGGUAAUCAGUUUCGCGAACAUGUCCGAGGAUGCUUACAAGGUCGGUCGUGAUGACGCUGGAUGGAUGGACGUUGACGGACGUUACAAUUCAUCAGUUCCUUUUGGUUGGGAUGACAGUGGCAUCCGAGGUCACGUGUUUAGCGAUGAUACCAAUUCCACCAUCAUUUUGGCGGUGAAGGGAACGACUGUAGCCAUGUUUGAAGGCGAUGGAACCUCCGUUCACGACAAAGAAAACGACAACUUGUACGCCAUUGACAACGUGUACAUGAAGUACGACGAGGCAGCAAUAUGUCAGGAAGAGGACGUUGGCGACAACCAGCUCCACGACUGCAACAAGUACUACGUCCUCAAGGACACGGACUGA